AUGGGUAUCAAGGAGAUUAUGGGCCUUGCGGCCGACGAGAAGACCCAGAGGCUUCGAGAUGAAGCCCCCAAGUUCGAGAAGGUCAUCUGGUACAGGGACCCAGCUCUGAGGAAGCUAACCUUCUACGCCUGCGUUCUUUGUGCUUCUUCUAUGGGAACUGGUUGGGAUGGAAUGUACAUGAACAAUGUUCAGAACUUCGAGAGCUGGAGGAAUUUCUUCGACGACCCAAAGGGUGACAGACUUGGUCUCCUCAUCGCCCUCUACCAGAUCGGUUCAGUCGCCUCUAUCCCUCUUGUCCCCCUCAUCACCGAUCGCUGGGGCCGUCGUCCUUCCAUUGCUCUCGGUUUCAUCAUUAUGGCUAUUGGCGCUGGUCUUCAGGCUGGUGCCCCUGACUAUGCUACCUUCUCUGGCGGUCGUGUUCUUCUCGGUUUCGGUAACUCAUUCGCCCAAAUCGCCUCUCCUAUGCUUCUCGCCGAGAUUUGCCAUCCUCAGCACCGUGCCCGUUUCACCACAGUUUACAACUGUCUCUGGAACUUGGGUUCUUUUCUUGUUUCCUGGACCUGUUUCGGUACUUCUUUCUGGGGUAACAACUGGUCAUGGCGAUUCCCUGCUAUCCUUCAGGGCGCCCCCGGUCUGCUUCAGCUCAUCGUCCUUUUCUGGAUCCCCGAGUCUCCUCGUUUUCUCAUCGCCAAGGAUCGCCAUGACGAGGCCUUGAAUAUUCUUGCCAAAUUUCACGCCAACGGCGAUGUCAACCAUCCUACUGUCCAGUUCGAGUACCGAGAGAUUCGCGAGACUAUCAAGGCUGAGCAGAUGGCUGAUAACUCCUCUUCAUACGUCGAUUUUAUCAAGACCAAGGGAAACCGCUACCGUCUAAUUGUUCUCUUCUCUCUGGGUAUCUUUUCUCAGUGGUCUGGCAACGGUGUCGUCUCUAACUAUUCUGCCAUUCUCUACCAGAAUGCAGGAUUGGAGAGCGAGCAAGACCGCCUCAUCAUCACUGCCGGAAAGACAAUUCUCGAUAUGAUUGUCUCGAUUGGAUGCGCUAUGUUUGUUGACCGCCUUAACCGUCGUUUCUCUUUCUUGUUUGCCACUGGUGGCAUGUUCGUUGUUCUCAUCUUCUGGACCCUCACAUGUGGUCUGUACGAGCAACAUCAGGCCCCUGGAGCCAAUAACGCCAUGAUCUUCCUUGUCUGGAUGCACGGUGUCUUCUACUCUACUUGUUGGUCUGGUCUCCUCAUCGGUUACGCGGUUGAGAUUCUCCCCUACUCUCUCCGCGCCAAGGGUCUUAUGGUCCUGAAUAUCUCUGUCCAGAUCGCUCUCCUCUUGAACAACUACCUCAACCCUCUGGCUUUCGAUGCCUGGACGAUCGACGGCCAGAUCUAUGGUGGUAACACCUGGAGACUCUACCUCAUCUACACUAUCUGGGUCUUUGGAGAGGUUAUGUUCAUCUACUUCAUGUAUGUUGAGACACGAGGACCUACUCUAGAGGAGGUCGCCAAGGUCAUUGAUGGCGAUAAUGCUGCUGUUGGCAAUGUCACCAUGGAGAAGGUCGAGAGAGAGGUUCUAAAUGAGGAUGUCGAUAACAAUUCUUCCGAGGGUCAACAGAUCCACGAGGUUGCCCCCACCAAGGUCUAG